AUCAGGAAGUGGACAGCUCGAAAGCGUCUUGGAUGCUAUUGACAGCCGUCGUGUGUGGCUCCCCAGGGUCGAAACAGACAUUAUAAAAACAUGUCUAGUUUUAAACGCGAUGUCUUUGGAACACGCUGUUGAGUCGAGGCGGAACAUUUAGCAGCUACAGACACUUGAAGUGAAAGAGUGCGUGUUUCCUGCUGGCUAAUGCUAGCAGGCAGAGUUAGCUCCGGUGCCUCAGUUGCACCAGUAUUGUGAAAAGUGCUAUUAUUGAAGGUGACACUACAGUUCUGGAGCCACAAUGUCCUCCGCAGACGCCCCUCGUAUGUUGGCCCUGGAGGAGCAAGUAAAGAGCUUAUCGGAGGAAUUGGUGCAAUGCCAGGCUGAUAAAGACUUUGUUUGGUCCCUGUGGAAACGACUCCAAGUAGAACAUCCAGACCUGACCCAGGCUGUGAGUCUGGUAGUUGAGCGUGAGAGGCACAAAGGCGAGAUGAAGGACAGGAAGGUGCUGGAGAUCCUCCAGGCCAAAGACCACAAGAUACAGGAUCUAGAACAGAAACUGUCAGAGAAGCAGCAAGAGGUAAACAAGCUGCUCCAAAGACGCCCAGUGAUGGACGAGGAGGCAUCUUUAAUGAAGAGUGAGCUGGAAGCCGUGUGUCAACAGCUGCUCAACAAGAGCACACAACUCCAGGAAUUGAAGACGGAGUGUGGGAGGAAAGAGGAGGAGGCGCAGCAGGCAGUGCGUGCUCUCGAGGAGGAGAAAGGGGGAUUAACGUCCCGCUGUGUCGCCCUGCAAGCUGACCUGGAGGAGAAGGAGAGGUUGGCCAAGCACCACCAUGGGCAGAGGGAGGCUGCUCAGGCCAGAGUCAAGGAUCUUGAGGAAGAACUACGCAGCGCCUGGCAGGAGGUAUCCAGGAUGCAGAGCCUUAACAGCACCCUGGCAGCUUGCGUCUCUAUCAAAGAACAGGAGGUGGCAACAAAAGAGGAUCAGCUUCAUAAACUUGGGUGUGAGUUUGAAGAAGUGCAGACGUUGUACAAACGAAGCACGGAGCACGCGGAGGCACAGAGUCAUCUAAUCAAGCAACUAGAGGGACUCAAUGUGGACACACAGAGAGUGAUGAGGAACCAGGAAGAGGCGCACACUGCUGACACCACCUCCUGUCAGAAGCUGUAUAGCGAGUUGAGUCAGUGCUACCAGACCCUCAUGUCAAGUGAGAACAAGCUGCGGCAGAGCCACCAGGAGCUGAGCAGCCAGCUGGCCCAGAAAGAGCAGCAGAUAGUGCAACUGCAGGCCCAGCUGCAACAACAACAGCAGCAGCAACAGCAGGAGGAGCAACAGCAGCAGCAGCAGCAACAAUCUCAGCAGACAGUAAUUUGCAUCUCAAGCAAUAAACAAACCAACUUGAAGGCACCAGUGUCUGAGCGGGCAGUUGCUGAAUCUCACAGGCUUCAUCGUGAGCAUUCAGAGGACAAGGCCCUUCACUACAUCACUCCUGUCAGGAGACAGCAGGACUCACCUGUGCAGCGAUCCCGAUCUCUGUCCCCAGCUGGCAGUGUGGGAAGAAGAGGAGCACAACAAAGAAUUCAAGACCUUGAGGACAUGCUCCAAUCGAAGACUGAGGAGAAUGAAGAACUGAGAAAGGCUCACGACAGAAGACGUGAACGCCUUCUUUUGGUGCAGAAGAACUAUAAGGCUGUCAAAAACCAACUAAAAGCGGUGGAAAAAGCAAAGGACAUGCCACAUGGACGGAUGGCACGUGCCGAGCCGUGGCAGCUGAGACAGGAGAACAGCGAUGCCGUGUGGAACGAACUUGCCUACUUCAAAAACCUUACCCGGAAGGUCACACUUGAAAAGGCCGGCUUGGAAGAAGAACUGGACAUGCUGCGAGUCCAGGGUGCAAUGGAUCGGGCUACGGUGAAGGAGCUCCACCUGUGUCUCACUGAAGAACACCAAGCACUACUUUGCAAAGUGGAAGAAGAGAGCCGGGUCAAAAGCAGUUCUCCGAAAAGGCCCUCUGUUUCUUCAAAGCGAUUGGAACAUUCGUUUAUGAAGAUUGAGCAGCUGGAGCGGAGGAUGAUGUCUCUGGACGUUGAGACGGAGCUGCUGAGGGAAGAGAAACAGCAGCUCCUUGAGGCCAAUGAAGAUCUGGCCCACAGCUGCCGUGGACUCCAGGCCUCGUUGGAUCAUCUGCAAACCCAAGAAGCUGUCCACCUACAGACAGCCCAAGCGCAGGCACGGGCCCUCGCCUCGGCCCAGGAGGCGCGGAAUCGCGGCGAGAUCGCGGCUCUCCGAUCCCGGCUGGCCGCCUCUCACAAAGAAUCCACUGAGCUCCAUCGUCGGCUCCUGAAGCUGAGGCAGGAAUUUGGCAUUCUCAGAGCGGCCAGGGACUUCUACAGGAAACGUGCGGCGGCACCAGCGCGGUCAAGUGGGACCUCUGGCAACAUUAGCAGCAAGACUAAGUUGAAAACAAUAAGGCUCAAGGGUUCAUUACGCCAGCGCAGCCACCCGACCGUCAUCCCCAAUCAAGCCAUCAGCUGGCAGGGCCGCAGCCCCAGUCCCUCGAAGGACGAGUGGGAGGACAUGAGCGUAGCGAGCGACACUGAGGAAUACUCAGACAGCCUCAACAGCACGCCCUUGGGCACAACACCUCAGAGACAAUGCAAGAGAAAGUUCGACAGGUGUCAGCCAAAUGGAGACGCACAAGUGCUGGCAGCAGCGGCUUCGAGGGGGAAGCGUCCUGAUUUUGGCCAUCAAGACAACAAACAGCGCGAGCUCAGGACGAGAGGUGAGAAGAGGAAGAAGUGGCUGCUAAUAAAGGCCUGUCACGGCCUCUCCACCUCCUCUUCCUCCCUGCAGCACCGCGUCAAGUCCCUACAGCGGCACGUAGACGUACUGCGACAUGCCAGGAAAGACGCCGUGCUCUCAGCCCGAGAGCUGCGGACCGCCAACGAAAAGAUCGCGGCACAGCUCAACUCCUUCACCGAGAAACUGGGAAGUAGCAAGAAGCUCACGCAGAAACUGACGUCAGAGUUGGUGGGUGUGGAGCAGCAGAAGAAGGUUCUGGAGAUGGAGCUCGAGCAGUGGAGGCAGAGCACUUUCCCCCGUCGCGCAACUGAGUGCUCCUGCCAGGCCCUAGAGGCAGAGGUCAAACAACUGCAAGCCAAACUCAAGAGUACAAGUGCGGAGGUCACAAGGCAGGUGGCAGCUAACAAAGCCCUGCGAGGCCAAGUACAGGAGAAGGAGGACAAGCUCCGCCAGCUGCAGGACAAAUUGAGUCACGCAGAGCGAGACGUGACCAUGAAGAGGCAGCUGGUGGAGGACCUGAAGACGAGGCUCAAGUUUCUGAAGGAGAUGGAGAAAAGUGACCGUGGGCAGGCUGAGGAGCUGGAGAAGAAGGUCAAGUGUUUAUCAGAGGAAGCUUCCAACAGAAAGGCCUUCAUUGAAUCUCUAAAGAGGAGAUUGAGCGUUACAUCCACGGAGAGAACCCAGCAUGAGGCUUCCUGCGCCAAACUUAAGGAUGACCUGGAAAAAAAGGAGCAGCGCAUUCAAGCCCUCCAGGCUCGCGUGGGAGCCAGCGAGCAGGCCUUGGCCACUCUGGAGCAGAGCGCCACUGAGCAAACGGAGCGGCUGACCCAGCAGCGCUCCCAAGCGUUGGACGGGCUUCAGAGGCAGCUCGGCCAGGCCUCGUCCCAGCUGGAGCAGCUUCACUCUUUCAUCAAGGCCCUGGCCAGUGAAAUGCUGUUAGACGUGCAUGAGGUCAAACAGCAGCUGAUGAAGAGGAGGAGGUUAAGGCAGACCAACGCUAUUGCGGCGAAGGGCGGCCCAUCAGCCAAAUCCAUGAUUAAAGCCAAGUCCAUCGCCGCCUCCAUCCUCAAUAUGUCCGAGAACGAUCUGGCUGACAUCAUGGACUCGGACCAGGGGACAGAGAGCCUUUCAGGUUUUCCCAAAGAUCAGGAGUGGCUGGACCAUCUAAACCACAUCCUCCAGCAGAAGAUCCCCUCUGCCGGCCAGCUAAUGGAGGCUUUGCGUGUGAAGAUGAAGGAGAGGAAAGUGCUGACAGAAGAGCUGGCCACGCUGGCAGCAGCAGCCGCAGUCAGCGAAAAAGCCUGACUCCCCGGGCUGAGGCUUGGAAAACUGUCAUCCUCUUCUUCUUCUCCCCCCACCACCACCAGCCUCCCCCCGAACUUACCUCCCAUCCACCCUCACCUGGCUCCGACUCGGUGGGAACUCGACCGAGCUGAGCCUCAGAGCCACUGCGGGCCGAGCUUUUGUAAUGAGCCCCUCAACAUCUGUGUUAAAGAAGUG